CUUCUGUUCUAGCAGAGCGCAGACGGUAGCCAAGCCAUCCAACGAGGAUUUCAGCAGGGCAGUAAGUCCUGCGAAGAAAAUAAAACAGGACAGUGUGACAGUGAUGGGAGAGGAUGCGGCCUCUGGGGAGGUGACAUUUCAGCCGAGGCCUGACAAUGAGGGGAAGAUAGGCGAAGACCUGGGGAAGGAGCUUUCCCAGCGGCGGGCACAGGCUGUUCAAGGGACCCUCCAAGGAGCAGACCAGGCAGACGGCAGGCUGGGGCCUUGGGGAUACAGAGGAUACCCUAGCAAGAUUACCACUCCCAACCAAACAAGCCAACACGGUCUUCCAGGCGGAUCUCGAGACCCCUUCCUCUCAUCUGAGAUCAGACAGGGCAAGAGUUCAGUGAAAGCCCCGAUAGGUAGGGACAGCUCUACGCCCCUGCCCAGCAGGAAGCAGAUACAGAAGAACAGGCCUUCUGUCUCUCAACUUGCCAUAGAGAUUUUAUGGGGAUCACGUCUCUCAAGGGGAAAACAAAGCAGGCAGUUAGAUAGGCUUUGGAUCUCUGCAUUCCUGCACAUCCAACACAACCCACAGAAUGAGACCACACAAAAGACCUUGCCUCUCCACCCAAAACUUCCCCUUUUCACUAUAAUUACCUACCCUUAUGAGGAAACAAAUGGAUGCCAAGAACCUGGAUACCAUGCCGAGGAGGGCCCACCCUCCGGCAACGUAGCGCGGCUAGGUUUCCUGGUUUUCAUCCAGGAGGCCCGGGUUCGACCCAUGGUGUGGGAACCAAGCCUGGGCAUCCCACCGAGAAGGGCCCACUCUCCGCUCAGACAGUCUCGCGAUGACACACAAGAACACACAACAAUAAUGAGCGCCACUCAGCAAGACACCGCCACACGCUGA